GUCCUCUUUAUCGGUCACUCGCUGGGUGCAGGCGUUUCCGCGAUCGCUGGGGCAGUAUGCCGGCUGGGCAUUGAGGGGCCGAAGCUGACCAAGGUACGAAGUCUUUGCUAUGCCACCCCGGCAGUCGGCAACGGUUCUUUUGGUAAGUUUUGCGAGGGACAUGCAACGACCGUCAUCAACUGCGAAGAUGUCGUGCCCCGGCUCAGCCUGGAAACUGCAAGGAAGCUCCGCGAUGAGCUGCUCUCGCGGAAAGAGGCAUACCGAAGAUUCGUCAUGGAG